AUGGCGUUUACAGGGGUGAAAGUACAAAGAACUAUGUUUCAAUCCCACUUUACAAUUCUUUGGAGAAAUGAAGAGUUAGACAUACCAUGCAAUGAGAUCCAACAAAAUAAGGAAAAGGCUAUAUCCUUUGAAAAACACACUUCGGAUGACUUUAUCUUUGGCCAUGGUUUGUGCACAAGCUCUUUGUUGGGGAAGGGUGUCCCUGUGGAUGAUGAUGGAGAUCUCGUAGUUUCACGAAGACUGAACACCAAAGAAGAGCAUAAUUGUUCUCGGGAUGUUGUGUUUCCUACAAUUCUUACUAUACAAAAUGGAAAUGGUGAAGACUACUACCAACGAAAUGAAGUGGUGAAAAUUGAACAUACUAUGGCUACAACAUUAGAUGAUGUUGGGAAACAGAUCUGGCGUGGAGCAUUGUUUCUAGCAGAUUACAUUCUAUGGAAGCAAGAUCUUUUCAGAGGCUCUACAGUGCUAGAAUUUGGAGCAGGGACUGGUUUUACCAGCGUUGUUAUGGCGACCGUUGCCAAAAGAGUUUAUAGUACAGAUGUUGGUGAAGACCUGCUAAAGAUGUGUGAAAAUAAUGUUGUCCUAAAUAGAAGGCUUACAGAUCUAUCAGGUGGUGAAGUGAAGGUUAAAGUAUUAGACUGGCAUAAGAAUAAGCUAUGUUCAGACCCAGCAUUUCUAUACUCUUGGACUAAAGCGGAAAUAAGUGACCUUUAUGAUGAAACAACUGUCAUACUUGCUGCUGAUGUGUUUUAUGACAAGGAGAGCACAGAUGCAUUGUUCAAGAUAUUGCUCAACAUAUUAAACAGGUUAAAACAGCCUUGCACCAUGUAUUUUUCUAUAGAAAGAAGGUUCAACUUUACAUUAAGAGAUAUGAAUAUCACAAGUGAUGGCUAUAAUCAUUUCCAAUAUUGCUUAAACAAUUUUCAAAGCAUCAAGGAUAAACAAAAAUGGAAAAUAGAAGAAAUAAAACCAACAUUUCCUCAGUACUUCACUUAUGAACGAAGUGACCAGUUGGAGCUGUGGAAAAUUAUUCCUUCACCAAUGAAAUGAUGUGAAAUAAGGCUAUGAAUAGGCAAAUAAAUACUGACAAUGGAAAAAUUGCAACCAGACUGAGUCCAGGACAACAUAAAAUGUAACCACAAGCCCAGUGUGCAUUU